GGUCAUUUUCAUGAUCGACAGUUCCUGAUUGGAGGGAGCCACGUGCAUUCGUGCAGAGCAGCGGCGGUUAUUAAUCGGAGUGCCGCGCGAGUGAUCCGCCAGCCAGCAGUUUUUCGUACCUGUGGUUGCCUCACUGAGCCAUUUGCGCCGCUCUCAACAAGCCCAGCGUAUCCACCAGUCUACGUUAGCUCUAGAAAUGGAGAGCCCAAGUGCUAGACCAGUGUCACUGACAACCAACUCGUCGCGGAAUGCACUAUGCGCGCGCUUUGCUACGCUGCGCCGCGUGCUGCGCGGAGAGGAACCGAUGGAUCACGUGGCAGUGGUGCUCAAGGCCUCACUUACGACGAACAUUGUUAUCGUCAUCGUCAUGACCUCAGUGGCCAUUGCGAGCAACUCGCUCGCUUUGAUCUCGGCAUUGGUUGAGAACAUGGUCGACCUGUUCGUCCAGGGGCUACUCUGGUACGCCGGUACCCGUUCGGGCAAGAAGCAGGACUACGCCAAGUACCCUGCUGGUACGUCGCGAUUCGAGCCGGUGGCUAUCAUUGUGGCCGCGAGUGUAAUGGUGCUAGCGUCGAUCGUCUUCAUCCACGAAGCGGCCCAGAAGCUCGUCGAUGGUUUCUCGUCGGACGAGCCGGAGGCACCGAACCUCUCAGCCGCUGCUAUCGCCAUUGCAGUCACGGCCGUGGUCGUCAAGAUCGGUCUCAUGUUCUACUCCGCGUGGAUCCUCAAGUCGACAGUCUCGGUCGCAGUCGAAGCUAUUCACCAGGACAACUUCAAUGACAUGCUCAGUAACUCCUUCGCUGUUGCUGCAUACAUCGUCGCUGCAGUGGAGCCCAAGGCUUGGUACGUCGAUCCGGCUGGUGCUAUUAUCAUUUUCGUCUACAUCAUGGUGGCCUGGGGAAAGAUGGCGUGGGAGCAGAUCACGCAGCUUGUCGGUGUGUGUGCCAGCGAGGAGUUUAUCGAAGAAGUGAAGGAACUUUGCAGCCGCCAUCAUCCCUCCAUGGAACUCGAUAUUGUACGUGCCUACCACUUCGGAUCGAAGUACCUCGUGGAGCUGGAGGUGGUGGUUCCGGGUGAAAUGUCUGUCAAACUGGCCCAUGAUAUCGCGCUUCAGGUGCAGUUUAAAGUGGAGAAUCUGGAGGAAGUGGAACGCGCGUUCGUGCACGUGGACUACCAGGCUCGUGACUAUGACGAGCACGUCGUUUCUCGCGAGGAAGACGCGCUGCUCGUAUAUGCUGGUUACGAUGCGUCUUGCGAGUCCAGUGGCCAGUACGUGAGUGUUCCAAUGGAAAACGGUGAGCCAAUCCCAGUUGCUGUGGAAGUCAGUGAGACUGCGGCUCCUGGGACUCCCACGGCCACAACCUUUAGUGAGUUUAAGGGAUAAUACAACAAGUGCAAUAGCGGCCACAGCAAGAUAAUGUGCAAUGAAAAAUCUAAUUGAAGCUGUUGA